AUGUCAUCCCCACCCUCCGCAAUGCAAAUCCGCGCCGAGAACGCCGAGCAAGAAAACGCUGCGUUGAAGCGAGACCUCGAGCUCGCCAACAAGAAGAACGAAGACCUCGCGACAAAGCUGGAAGCGUCGGAGAAGGAGCUUGAAGAAUACAAGCAAGCUGAAACCGAUCGCGAGAACGAGCGGAAGAAGGUUGCAGACGACGAGAAGGCGGCACACGAUACUGGGGUUGCUCGUUGGAAGGAUGCGGCGGUAUCUGGGGCUAGUUUGAAUGAACAGUCGCAAGCAUUCCUGGGUAAUAGGCCUCCGAGACGCAGCGUGGAGGAAAAGUCGGCUGCGUGGUUGGCGGAGUAUAGGAAGAAGAAGUGA